GUUGUCAUUCACACGACUUCUUUCCCGCGGAAGUUUAUACGUCGUGUCCAGCAGGUACUUGGAACAUGUUCUCCGUGCCAUUUGCUGUUUGAUGCCCGAUAUCAUGCUAAUGAGCUGCCUGAAAGCGGUCUCCUGAUCAUGAGCAAACGCAAGUCCAAAGAUGCUCCAUUACCAGUUGGGGAAUGCAUCACACAGCUUCAGACGUGUCUGAGAGAGCGACUUUGCAAUCAGCAACUCCCCAGCAGGCUGGAGGCGUCGGAGGCCCAACACAAACACUUGCUGGAGCUGCUGAAGCGGACGGCCAUCCACGGGGAAAGUAACUCGGUGCUGAUCGUAGGUCCCAGGGGAACGGGGAAAACCACGCUCCUCGGGUGUGUGUUGCGAGACCUGCUGCAAGAAAAGGAAGUGCGGAACAACCUCUUGCAGGUCCGACUCAACGGCCUCUUGCAGACCGACGACAGAAUAGCCCUGAAGGAAAUAACGCGACAACUCCACCUGGAAAACGUCGUUGGGGACAAAGUGUUUGGGAGCUUCGCAGAGAACUUGGCUUUCCUGUUGGAGGCGCUGAGAAAAGGCGAUCGCAGCAACACCCGUCCAGUCCUGUUUGUCCUAGAUGAGUUUGACCUGUUCGCCCAUCACAAGAACCAGACGCUGCUCUACAACCUGCUGGACGUGUCCCAGUCGGCACAAUCUCCGGUGGCUGUGGUCGGCCUCACCUGCAGACUGGACGUCCUGGAGCUGCUGGAAAAGCGAGUGAAGUCGCGUUUUUCCCACCGUCAGAUCCACCUGCUCAGCAGCCUGACCUUCCCUCAGUACCUCGACCGAGUGCGAUCCCAGCUCAGCUUGUCGGACGGCUUUCCAGACGGGAAGUUCCGCGAAGACUGGAACGACAGUGUCCAGAGUCUUUGUGAAGACAAAUCGGUGGAGGAAGUUUUACAGAGACAUUUUCACUCCAGUAAAGAUUUCCGCUCUUUGCACACGCUGCUGAUGUUGUGUUUGAGUGGCGUGUCUGCAGUUAAUCCCAGCAUCAAACCAGCAGACGUGCUGGAAGCCAGCAGACUUUGUUUCAGCGAUGCCCAGUCCAACAUGCUUCACGGUCUUUCCAUCCUGGAGCUGUGCCUGGUCAUCGCCAUCAAACACCUCAACGACGUCUACCAGGGCGAGCCCUUCAACCUGCAGAUGGUUCACAACGAGUUUAAGAAGUUCCUGCAGAGAAAGUCCAACUCCAUGUACAACUUUGAGCCGGCGGUGAUCAUGAAGGCCUUCGAGCAUCUGCAGCAGCUGGAGCUGAUCAGACCCGUAGACGGCUCCUCGGCCAGAACUCAGAAGGAGUAUCAGCUGAUGAGACUGGCGCUGGACCACAGUCAGAUCAUGGAGGCCAUGCAGAAGUACCCACAAUGCCCCACUGACAUCAAGCAGUGGGGCAUGUCAGCGUUUGGAUAGAAAUGGGAUAUAAAUGUUGGAUUUUGUUUGUGCUCUGACAUUAAAGGCCUACUGAAAGCCACUACUAGCGACCACGCAGUCUGAUAGUUUA